AUGGAAUCAAUCGAAGUCAAACAGAACGAAGUCGCUUUUCCCCUCCCUCUCCGUAAUGCCUACGCCCGCGACGUCCCAAAAAUGGCCUCCAAAUCCCGUCUCAACACCACCUGGUCCGCCCUCCUCUCGCGCCACCCACACCUCGAAGCCCUAAUCGAUGACCUCCGACCCUGGCUGCCGCCACUCAACUUCGUCACCCUUCACUACAUCUAUUUCGUCCUCCUGAGCCUCCUCUUCUCCGUUGUGUUCUGGAUCUCCUCGGACGUCGAGGACCGCGAGGAUGUCAGCUACGUCGACAGCCUGUUCCUGGUCGUCUCGGCCGUGACGAACACGGGGCUCAAUACGGUUGAUCUGAGCGCGUUGACGGGCGGGCAGCAGGGGAUGUUGUGGGUGCUCAUGACGUUGGGGAGCGCCAUGUGGGUGUCGUUUUGGACCGUGUUGGUGAGGAGGCAUAAGAGGGUUGAGAGGAUGAGGUUGGCGAGGGUGAGGAAGGGAUUGGAUGGUGGCUUUGCGCUGGCGGAUUUAAGGGGUGGAGGAGGGGGGGGAUAUGGGCUUGGGGGACUUGGACAGGGGAGGAGGAGGGAGAGGGGGAGUAGUGGGGCUACGACGUUAAGUAGCGUUGUGGAUGUGCCGCCGAUGAUUUUGAGGAAGAUCAUGUCCAAGGAGAAGGAGAAGGUUGAUGAGGAGCCGGAUGUGGGUGCUGGUGGGUUGGCGAGUGGCGUGGGGAGCGGAGUGUCGGUUGCGGAUGGUCACGGAUCGCUGACGGCGAUGCUUCAUCACUCGGGAUCGACCGGCGAGGAUAAGAGUCACCACCACAGCCACAGCCACGUCCAUUUCCACCCUUCCCCGUUUGAUAAUCCCUCCGACGACUCGUCCUCGCGCCCCUCGAGCAGCCCCCGCGCCUGGUUUAACUUCCGCAAACUCUUCCCCGCCAAAAAAGACAAGCAAGACGGCGACCGCGAUCCGGCCUCCCAGCUCCUCCUCCUCGAAAGUACCGCCGCCACUGGCCCCGGCUCCGAAUCCGAACGCCUCGCUCAACGCGACCACCAAGCCCUCAACCUCCUCGCCCUCAUCAUCCCCCUGUACGCCGUCCUCUGGGUCCUCGUCAGCGCCCUCAUCCUCGGCGCCUGGAUCUCCCGGCACUACGCCUCCGCUGUCGAAGAGUACGGCGGCUACGGCGUCGGCGCGUGGUGGGCCGGUUUCUUCUACGCCGGGUCGGCUUUCAACAACUGCGGCAUGUCGCUGCUGGACGCGAACCUCGUGCCCUUUCAGCAUUCGUUCCUCGUGCUGUUUUUGCUCGCGUCGCUUAUCCUUGCGGGGAAUACGGCGUUUCCGGCGUUUUUGCGGUUGAUGGUUUGGUGUAUGCUGGAGGGGUUGAAGUUACUAACGCCCGAGAGGUUGUUUGUCGCUGAGAAGGCGACGCUGUUGUAUAUUCUCAAGUAUCCGAGACAGGUGUAUACGCAUUUGUUCCCGGCGAGGCAGACGUGGUUGCUUGUGGGCAUGUUGGUGGCCACGAUGACGAUUGAUUGGGUGGCGUUUGAGGUGUUGAGUAUUGGGAAUCCGGCGGUGGAGCGGAUUCCUGUUGGGCCUAGGAUUCUGGAUGGGUUGUUCCAGGCUAUAUCUGUGAGAGGCACCGGCUUCUACGUGGUUCCCGUGUCAGAGUUAUACACCAGCCUCCAGGUCCUGUACAUGGUCAUGAUGUACAUCUCUGCCUACCCCAUCGUCAUCGCCAUGCGGCACUCCAACGUCUCGGAAGAACGCUCCGGCGCUCUCGCGAUGCAUGCCAAAUUCGACGCUGUCUCCUCUUCCUCGUCCUCCUCCGCAACCUCAGACGACCCCGAACUAGGCCGUCUCCUCCCGUCCAGCAGCUCCCAACCCCCCCAAGACCUAGUACUCACUUCUCCCACUGCUACCGCCACACACAAUAACCCGCUGCAGACCGCUCUCCGUCGCUUUACCUCCAUCCUCUCCGCCAGGCCCCGCCGCAACCGAGACCACCACACAUCCUCCCGCCCCUCCAUCCUCGGCCAAAAAAUCCGCCGCCAACUCCUCCACGACCUCUGGGUCCUCUCGGCCUCCACCAUCCUCAUCACCCUCCUGGAAAUCUACGCUCCGCACGCCUCCGACUCCGACCCCAUGGACCACGGCGACUACCACCGCCCGCCUGUCAACCCCUUCCACGUCGCCUUCGAGGUCGUGUCGGCGUACGGGUGCGUGGGCAUGUCGGUCGGGUUGGAGAGGGCAUCGGUGAGUCUCGCGGGCGGGUGGGCCGUUGCGAGUCGGUUGGUGCUUGUGGGGGUUAUGUUGAAGGGACGGCAUAGAGGGUUGUGGGUUGUGCUGGAUCGGGUUACGGGGGUGGGAGGAGAUGGGGGGGAUGGUGAUGAAGAUGAGGAAGAGGAAGAGGGGUUUGAAGAGAAUUGA